CGCUGCGCCCGUACCACGACUACUCCAAAGGCCUUUUUCUCCAUCUUCCUUGUUUCCAAGCACUGAGCCCGUGAUGGCUCUGACUUUUUCCAUAAUGGCACACCUUGUAUCAUUCAUAUGGACACGCUGAUGUCCUUAGAUGAAGCGCCCUCGCUCCUCAAUCUGCCUGUUGGCUACCUCGACUUCCGACAGGAUCUGCGCCAUUUUUCCGGCCGUUCCCAGACUCGUCCUGCAGAUAAUCGACUUGGUUGACCCGACGCACACUCCCUUUCCCAAUGCACAUACCCAUUACUUCUUCCACGGUCAAUGCCUACCCGACAACGACACUGUAUCUCUUUACCCCUGAAAAUGGGUCGCAACCCGGCGCCGGCUAUGAAAAGUGGUCGUCCUUCAUCGGCAUUGUUACGGCAAUUGUGGGAAAUCUCCUCAUCUCCUUUGCUCUGAACACCCAGAGAUAUGCGCACAUCCUCAUAGACCGCGAGUACUCCGAAUGCCGAAAAUCCUUCGCGAAUGGACACACUGCUUCUGGACAUCGGCCCGGGAUUGCUGACGAAGAACAAGAAGAGAUCGCAGAGGAGCGAAGAAGGAAAAACCUCGAGAUACCCAAUCAUAAAAGAAGUGUAGAGGAAGAACCAAGUGAAUCAGCGCAACGUUCCUCUCAGGAGACUCUGCAGCCAUCUCUGGGACCCGCUCAGCAUGACCAUCGCCGAGAGAAAGACGCAACCAACGACGUUGAGAGAGCGUCCUAUCUCAGGUCGCCAUACUGGUGGUUCGGUCUUGUGCUGAUGAUCAUUGGCGAGGCGGGGAACUUUCUUGCCUAUGGCUUCGCUCCCGCGUCCAUUGUCAGUCCUUUGGGUGUUGUCGCCUUGAUCUCAAAUUGUUUAAUUGCCCCACUCAUGCUCAAGGAACGGUUCCGUCGACGCGAUCUAUACGGAGUCUUGGUUGCAAUUGCUGGCGCUGUCACCGUCGUGCUAUCCGCCAGAAGCAGUGAGGCCAAAUUUGGACCCGGUGAACUAUGGAAGACCAUAAAGAGAUGGGAAUUCCUCCUCUACGUCAUCAUCACCGUGGUGCUCAUUGGGGCUCUGAUGUAUGCAGAGCCACGAUAUGGCCGUAAGACCAUCCUUGUCGACCUUGGUCUAGUGGCGUUGUGUGGAGGCUACACUGCGCUCUCCACCAAAGGCGUCUCGUCGCUUUUGUCGGUGUCCCUUUACAAGGCGUUUACUUUUGCCAUCUUCUACUUCCUUGUGGUUGUCCUUGUUGCCUCAGCGCUCAUGCAGAUUCGAUAUCUGAAUCGUGCUUUGCAGAACUACGAUUCGACGCAGGUUAUACCGACACAAUUUGUACUCUUCACUCUUUCCGUCAUUAUUGGCUCGGCGGUGCUGUACCGAGAUUUUGAACAUACUACAUUGGACAAGGCCAUUAAAUUUGUCAUUGGAUGCCUUUUGACCUUCUUUGGCGUAUACCUCAUCACGAGCCAACGUCACGAGAUAGGUGAAGCUGGAGAAACAGCUAGAGAUGAGGAGGAGACGAUACAGCUUCUCGAUGAGGAGGCAGACGAGGUGGAUGAGCGGACGCCAUUGAGGCGUGAUGCACCAAAGCCGACGCCCGCACAGACGGACGGAUAUCCGGUGGUCUCUAAUUCGGAUCAAAUCCAAGCUGCAACUGCUACGCCACGCACGCCGCGACGAUCAUCAGAUGCGUCCUCAGUUCUGCCCUCAAUCUCUGUUACGCCUGCUGAACCUUCUGACGACCUUGUUUCCAAUCCCUGGCUCUCUUUCGCCGAGCAGAUCGACUCUUCACUGCCACCUCUAACGCCUGAAGUUAGUGGGGCACGUGAGCAUGCCACACCCUUCUACACCCCUGCCACAUCAAGACCCCUUCAACGCUCCGCUUCGUCCCCUGCAGAGCCAGAAACACCUUCGAAACCAUCAGCGUCUCCUCGACCACCCAGCCCAGACCGCUCCACUAGACCUACACCAGACGACAACUCUCCCGCCCCUAGUUUUCUCGCUCGCGGUUCUAGGGGAAGUAUUUCGCGCCUUAUUCCCGUCCCAGGGCCCCUUUUGCCCCCUCUUUCAAACUCGCUCAGCGCCCUGGUGGCAGAUUCACUGCUGAAAGGCGAAGGGUCGCCCCGCUCCGUACGCGCUGCGCUUCGCCGAUCCCGUUCUGAGCGGCACUCCAUUGACGACCGACGACGAACCGUUGCUGUAACCGAAGACACUGACGGCUUCGAUCCGCUAGCAGCAUUGAACAUGCACUGGCAAAACCGAAGCGCUGACAGCGCUCAGGAUCUAAGCCGUGCACAGACGCACGAGGCGAGGCCGGCAGGGGCUCAAGGAGGUGAUGGAGUCGAGGCGGACCUGGCUUUGGAGGGAGACAGCGAUAUUGGCAAGCGGAAAACAAGACUACGGGCGUUGAGCGAGACCUUGAGCGGGAUGAUGAGUCGUCACUCUUCCGGUCGGAAGCAGAAUGAGGGUCACGGUAAAGGGAAAACUGGACCGGGACUUCGAACCGAGCCUGCAGAUGAUGAUGGCGAUGACACCAGGGGUAGUGCAACGGAGAGGUAAGAACAGCUUCAUGAUGGGGAAAGGAAUCGUCUUAUUGUAGAGUAAUGCUAGUAUAUAAUACCCCAUCUUUCGUACGGAGCAUGUCGAGUCAAUAUUGAGAUUUACUUUCAAGUACAUAUACGAUGGUUUUGG